AAUGAUUAGGAAAUAAACUCGUCCUCUUUUGAUAUUGAAACCUGAAAAUGAUGAUUUUCCUUUUGACAUCAAAGAUGUUAACAUUAAUGAAAUUAAAUAAAUAGAUUAUUUUAGAAUGUACAAUUCCUUAAAAAUGGUUUUGGAAAAGCUAAUUGAAGAGCAAGUAAUCAUAUAAAUAUAAUUUAGCCUUUGUAAAAGAAAUUGUAAGCCAAUAUAGAUAUGGCAUUUAAAGUCUUUUUGCAAAAAGAUCAAACAUCAAGCUAAUAGCAAAAAGCCGGAAAAAGAAAUUAAUAAUAGUCAUUUCAAAAAUAAGAAGUAUUAUAAUUAGUAGAAAAUUUAUCUUAAAUGGGAUUUUCGGAUAAAUAAAUAAAUGAAAGGUUGUAAUUGAAUUCUGGUCUUUCACUGAAUGGAAUCACUUAACAUUCAGAAAUUCAAGAGGGAGAUUAAUAAUCAGGAAAAAAGUAAAUAAAAGAAAAGUUUAAAUAAGGAUUAUUUAUUGAUAAACAAAAGCUGUAAUAAGAAGAAUAAUUCAAUACUGAUGAUGAGUCUGAUCAAAAUUGAA